CGUGCAAGCGUAACCCGGGUGCAACGCGUUCGCCUGGGUCAAGGACAACGACGGGCCGCAGGGCAUGUGCUACAUGAAGCAGCUUAUCGACCCGAGCCGCGCCUUCAACAUCGCGCCCCGGGUCACCAAGUCGUGCAAGGAGGAGCCCAAGCUGCCGUCGUCGUCCAAGUGGGUUGCGAACCCGGGGUACCAGUUCCAAGGCCCGGCCAUGGUGACCAAGGGCGGCGUCUCGUCGCUCGAGUCGUGCGAAGUCGCUUGCUUGAGCACGGUCGGCUGCGCCGCCGUCUCGUACACGCGGUAUAGCCAGACGUGCGUCCUUCACAGCGUCGCCAACAACUACUACCCGGUGUGGAGCAAGGCCGUGGACCUCAGCGCCGUCGCAGCGGUCCCGUACAACUACAAGGUCUGCUACGGCAACUACGACGUGCCGCACACCGGCGACGUCAACAACUUUCAGGGCUCGUUCCAAGACUGCGCCAAGUGCAUGGCGAACGGCAACGCCAACGCGUUCGCGUGGUACCUCGGACCGACCGGCGCCUAUGCGCAGCCGACCAAUCCCUUGGGCACGUGCUACUGCAAGAAGAUCAACGGCGACGUGCCCGUGCCGCCGCCGAUGCCGCGCAACAACGGCGGCACCAUCUUUUGCCAAGCGUAAUGCAGCUAACCUAAGUCGAUUGAACCAGA